CAUGUCGGCCCCACGGUUUCCUCUCAAUAAUUGGAUCUUCCUUCCCCACCCAACUAAACUUCCAUUUGUGUAACUGUAUUUUCAAUAAAAAGUCUAAUUAAUCAACUCUAAUUAAUCCCUUAAUUAAACCCAGAAAUCAAAAUUAAACAAAUAAUAAAGCAAACUUAGCUUUCAGCAUCACCAUCACCAUCAUCACCAUCAUCAUCAUCUCCUCAACCUGCAUUGGAGGAGGGCACACACUUCGUUCGUACUGAAUCAAAUCCCCUCCAAUUUGUCAUUUUAUUCUUCCUCUUUUCUCAUCCCUGCUUCGCCUAUAUUUUUGGGGAUAAUACAUUCGUAGUUUCGGGAUUUUGUUGCGGGGCAGUUUCUGUAUCUGCGUUGGAGAGAAGCAUUGCGAGUUUAUGAAUUUUUUGCAUUUGCGAUUUUGAAGGACUUUUCUGAGUUGUUGGAUUAUGGAUGGAUUAAACCAAGAUGGCAACAGUGUGGAUUCUUUCUUACGGAACUACAAACUUGGGAAGACUCUUGGGAUUGGUUCAUUUGGCAAAGUUAAAAUUGCUGAACAUGCACUGACAGGGCACAAAGUUGCUGUCAAGAUUCUAAAUCGUAAGAAGAUAAAGAAUAUGGAUAUGGACGAAAAAGUCAGAAGGGAAAUCAAAAUUUUGAGAUUGUUUAUGCAUCCCCACAUCAUACGUCUCUAUGAGGUUGUGGAGACGAAUUCCGACAUAUAUGUUGUGAUGGAAUUUGUGAAGUCUGGUGAACUGUUUGAUUAUAUUGUGGAGAAAGGUAGGUUACAUGAAGAGGAGGCACGCAUGUUCUUUCAACAGAUAAUAUCUGGAGUGGAGUACUGCCACAGGAAUAUGGUGGUUCAUAGAGAUCUGAAGCCAGAAAACUUGCUUUUAGAUUCUAAGCACAACGUGAAGAUUGCUGAUUUUGGUUUGAGUAACAUUAUGCGUGACGGUCAUUUUCUGAAGACCAGUUGCGGAAGCCCCAACUAUGCUGCUCCGGAGGUUAUAUCAGGUAAAUUAUAUGCGGGACCUGAGGUGGACGUAUGGAGCUGUGGUGUAAUUCUUUAUGCACUUCUCUGUGGCACCCUCCCAUUCGAUGACGAGAAUAUUCCUAACCUGUUUAAAAAAAUAAAGGGUGGAAUAUACACUCUUCCCAGCCAUUUAUCUGCUUGUGCAAGAGAUUUGAUUCCCAGGAUGCUUAUAGUUGAUCCCAUGAAACGAAUGAGUAUUCCGGAGAUUCGUGCCCACCCUUGGUUCCAAGCUCAUCUCCCACGUUAUCUGGCUGUGCCACCACCGGAUACAACCCAACAAGCUAAAAAGAUUGACGAAGAUAUUCUUCAGGAAGUGAUUAAGAUGGGAUUUGACAGGGUUGCACUUGUUGAAUCUAUUCGAAACAGGGUCCAAAACGAGGGGACUGUUUCAUACUAUUUGCUGCUGGACAAUCGGUUUCGUGUUGCCAAUGGCUACCUUGGAGCUGAGUUCCAAGAGACCGUGGAAUUUGGGUAUAACUGCACAAAUCCAAGUGAACCUGUAGCAUCUCCUGUUGGGGAGCGCCUUCCUGGGGUUAUUGAUCAUCAACAAUUUGGAGGGAGGCAACUUCCAGCAGACAGAAAAUGGGCACUCGGACUCCAGUCUCGAGCCCAUCCCCGUGAGAUCAUGACGGAAGUUCUCAAAGCUCUGCAAGAAUUGAAAGUUUACUGGAAAAAGAUUGGACAUUACAACAUGAAAUGCAGAUGGGUUCCUGGCGCUCCCGGCCACCAUCAAGGGACCCUUAAUUAUUUCGGAGAUGAAUCUGCCAUUAUUGAGAAUGAAGGAAAUAUCGGAACCCCAAAUGUGGUCAAGUUCGAAGUGCAGCUGUACAAAACUCGCGAAGACAAGUAUCUGCUCGAUCUGCAGAGAGUUCAGGGGCCGCAGUUGCUCUUCCUUGAUCUUUGUGCGGCUUUUCUCGCCCAGCUUCGCGUACUUUGAAACUGGAUUUCAACCACAAAACUCCUUUUGAUCUGUGUGGUGAGUUAGAGCUUGAUGCUGUACAUAAUUAUUGCAAGCCAUGAGCCAAAUCUCUCAAAGAUCAAUGUCGUGCCAAGCCGGCAUUCGGAGUUGGCUUCUGCGGCGAGUUCUCUCUUCCCAUUUCCUAACCGUAACUUCUUUUUUUUUUUUUUUUUUAUGAAUUUGAUCCUUCAAUUCUAGAAGUAGUUAAUAUGAGCCAGCUGCAGGUUGCUAGAUGCAAUACCUAAUUCAUCAAACAUUUUCUUUCUAGUGUAAUUUUGAUAUUUAUUUCUUGUUAAUUAGUCUUAUUUUUCAUAUCA